AUGUUAAUUACAGAUCUCGGAAAGUACGAUCUGAUUCUUGGACCUGACGUCGAUCGACGAGAUCGUCUCUUCCGAGAAGAAGAGGUAGUAAAUAAGGACUAUCGGCAUAUAAGAGAACACCAGUCCGGACACUGGCAAGUGGAAGAACAACGAAAGAUGGCCCGAAACUUAAACGAUGAAAUAAAGACGAUGACCCCGAAGAUCAAGGAUCGAAAUGAAAUGACACUGUUAAUCGAUAUUAGUGCCGUUAGAGGUGUUGGUUUUAACAGACUCCAUGAGAAAGGAAAG